AUGUUCAUGAGCACUGUCAGGAUUAAUGAAUUAACGUCACGCUUGCAGGAGAAAAAGAAAGAAUUUGAGGCCGUUGCUGCCCUUGAACGUGCUAGCGCUCUUGUCCUCAAGCGCAUCGAAGGUCUUGCAGAUGAUUGCGAAGUUAUGGCUGACGCUGGUCAAGUACAUGGUCAGGUGCUCGAACAGUGGCCUCUCAUGUUCCAAAGUUUGAGUUUGUUCUUGAACACCCGGGAACAGCACUUGGAAGUCCCCAGUAACGGCGCCGUAACACUCACCGGAGAACGGCUUGUUCGCGUUCCGCUCGACGAGCUCCAAGCUGAUGCGUCGAAGCAACCUUGA